AUGGCCAUCUCGCUCAUGAAGCAGGUCGCCAACACCCGCUUCGUCGAGUCCGCCGAGGCGCAUUUCCGCAUGAACCUCGACCCCAAGUACAACGACCAGCAGCUCCGGGCCACGGUCAAUUUGCCCAAGGGGACGGGACAGACCGUGAAAAUUGCAGUUCUCACCCAAGGUGAGAAGAUAGAUGAGGCAAGGGCUGCAGGUGCUGAUAUUGUUGGCUCAGAUGACUUGAUUGAACAAAUAAAAGGAGGAUUCAUGGAGUUUGACAAAUUGAUUGCGUCACCUGAUAUGAUGCCUAAGGUUGCCAGCUUGGGUAAGAUUCUAGGACCAAGAGGAUUGAUGCCCAACCCCAAAGCUGGUACUGUUUCUCCAAACAUUACGCAGUCAAGGCAGUGGGAGAGGAAAGUAGAAGAUGUUGAUGUGGCAGUUUUUGGCAGUGAACUGCUAAUAAUUUUUAAUCCACAAGUUGCCUUGGUAAGGCUGAAAGUAUAG